AUGAAGCUUUAUACACAUUUCAUAUUGUUAGUCACCUUUGCUGUACUCGCUUCGUCAUCAACCAUCCGUGACAAACGUCAGAACUGUAAGUGUAGUCCACCUCAGUCAUCUUGUUCGUGUAAUUCUGCAAUUCAAUCUCAAACAUGUACAUGUCAUAACACUCAACAAUCGACAUCUGCUAGCAACUGCAAUUGUGUCUUAAAAUCAAAUUCUAAAAGUGUUCCAGUCACCAUCAAAGUCAGCACUAAACUAUGUGCACCCGCUUGUCAGCAAUCAUGUUCACAGCAAUGUCAAGACAAUCAGACGAUUGCUAAUAAUGCAGAUACCAACUGUAUCUCUCAAUGUCAAGCAAAAUGCCAAGCACGGUGUGGGAUUCAGAAUGGAAUGGGAUUCCAGCAGUCUCCAGCAACGACAACAGAUGCUCCUAUUGUUAUCCGCCUUGAAAUAACAUCGGGAAGCUCAAAUAGUCAAUGUGCUCCAAAAUGUAUUCAACAAUGCAACAAUCAAUGUGCAUCUCAAAAUCAGAAAACAAAUCAAUGCGCCAAUGAAUGCAAUAACCAGUGUGCAAAUUCAUGUUCACCAUCAUCUCAGACAUCAUCCUACUCAAAAUGCGUAUCUCAAUGUGCUGAACAGUGUUCGGGAUCCAACACUUCCAACAAUCAGCAGUGCCAACAACAAUGUCAAAGUAACACCUGUGGACAGUAUCAAUCUACGGUAUCCACAACAACAACUACUCCCAUCAUUCAGAUUGUUCUAAACUCAAGCGUUCUCAACAGCGGAUCUGAAUGUGAGCCACAAUGUGAGAAUUCCUGUCAGAAUCAAUGCCAAGCUCAACAACAGAGCCAACAACAAUGUGCACAAGCGUGUCAGACUGGUUGUGUUGCUCAAUGUCAGCCUGCAAAUGUAUCGUGUAUGCCUGCAAGCACGUCAACUUGUCAAUGUCAGCCGAAUUACUCACAAUGUGGAAAUCAGUGUUGUAGAUUGUGA